AUGUAUAGAAGACAAUUUUUUAAUAAACGAUAUAUUGAUUUGAUUGUUUUUCUCUUCUUAUUCAUAUUUCUUAUAUUCUUCUUCUCUUAUUUAGUAUAUCUUAAUCAAGGUAUAAGUCUGAAUGAUUUUCAACAUCCUUUAGAUGUUGACCUAUAUACAAUAUAUGAAAAUGAAUAUAAAACUUCAUUGAAUAAAACAUUAAUAAUUAGUCCAAUUAAUCCAACAUAUUUUCAUUUAAUUCUUUAUCCAAAAUAUUCUUGUAAAUUAUUUCAUCAAUUUAAUAUAUCACCAGAAUUGGUUAUCUUUGUUAAAUCUUCAUUGUCUAACUUUCAAUCACGUGAUAAUAUUCGUAAAUCAUGGGGUAAUCCAAAUUGUUUUCGUUAUUAUGGUAUACAUAGUAGAACAUUAUUUAUUCUUGGUCGAUCUAAUUCUAUUCAUUGGAAAUAUUCUAAUGUAGAAAAGUUAGUUAUAGAAGAACACUUAAAAUAUGAUGAUAUUGUACAAUAUGAUUUUAUUGAAAAUUAUCAUAAUGUUACAUAUAAACUUAUAAGUACAUUGAAUUUUGCUAUUACUCAAUGUAUUACUACACGUUAUCUCCUUUUAAUUGAUGAUGAUUUUAUGAUGAAUCCAUCGAAUUUAUAUUCAACAUUAUCACAAAUUACUGAAACUAAUUAUCCAACUUAUAUAGCUGGUGAUGUACUUCAUUAUCCAUAUAAUGUAUAUCCACCAUAUCCAUCUGGUGGGACUAUUCUACUCAGUAUGCCUAUUGCACAACUUUUAUCUAUUGGUUUAAGAUAUACUAAAUUAUUACCUUUUGAAGAUGUUGUCAUCGGUCUUGUAUUAUAUAAACUAGGUAUUAGUCCUAUUCAUUUGGAUGGUGUUUUUUCAGUUCGUUAUUCAAAUGGUCAUAUUGAUAAAAUGAUUAGUAUUCAUGGAUUUCGAGAUAAUUCUCUCUUUUUAUUAGGUUGGAAUAAACUUGGUUUACAAGAUAUUUGUAAAGCAUAA